AUGAAACGUUCUAAGUUAAGUGGAGGCAAAUAUAGCAAAUUGGCCAAGGAAAAAUUGGAAAAACAAAGAUUGGCUUUAGAAAAUGUCCCGAAAAUUAAGACACUAUUUAGUAAGGAAGUAAUUACGUCAGAAAGUCUUCCAAAGCUUAAACUUCCGUCGUUUUCUGGUGUGCUUACCGAAUGGCAAGGUUUUGAAGAUCUUUUUAAGUCAAUUUUAUCUCAUGCACCUGAUUUGCCGGACGUCGAACGAUUCGAAUAUUUACGCACUGCUCUUGAAGGUGAACCUUUGUCGUUAAUAUCACAUCUUCCUUUAACGGCAUUGAACUAUAGCAGUGCUUGGGAUAUUUUAAGAGCUCGGUACGGCAAUAAACGUGAUCUAGCACGCGUACAUUUUGACGCUCUUUUAUCUCCCCACGUUGUCAAGUCGACUGAUAAUGUUUGCACUUCUGAUGGUAAACGCCAUACCCUCAGGGCGUUAACUGAUAGUGGCUCACAGGCCAGUUUCAUUACAGAAAAAUGUGCUGUCAAUAUACUGCUUCCUCGAAGCCACUCUCAUGUAAAUAUUACCUCCUUUGCUAGAAGUGACUCUACUCGAGUGAAAGGUAAAUCAACAAUCAUUGUUGCACCGUGUGGUCAAAAAACACCUUUGUUUUCUGUAGAUACUUAUAUUGUGCUCCAAAUUACUGGACCAACACCGCAAAUUCCGAUUGUACCAGGGAAAUGGACCCAUAUACAAAAUCUACCUUUGGCUGAUCCGUUUUAUCAUCGCCCUCAAGCUGUGAAUUUAUUGUUGGGAGCAGAUAUAUUGCCAUUACUUCUCCUUGAAGGCAAAACAUCCGGCCACGCCGGUGAGCCGAUUGCAAUUGAAACAGUUUUUGGUUGGAUUCUAAUGGGUCCCGUUGACGCUUGUGAUCGUUCUACUGUUAAGUCAUUAUGUUUGUCGGUCUCUGAAUCUCUUGAUUCAACAAUAAAACAAUUCUGGGAACUUGAAGAAUUACCUUCUGUUCGCCACCUUAGCCCUGAUGACGUUGCUGCCGAAACCAUCUAUCAGAACACCACAACUCGAUUAGAUUCUGGUCGUUUUAUGGUUACGAUUCCAUUUUGGAAACCCGUCCCUUUGUUAGGUGAUUCUAAGACAAACGCUCUUCGUCAAUAUAAAUUUUUAGAAGUCAGACUUAGUAAAAACAACGAUCUUCGUAAACAAUAUGUCGAAUUUAUGCAAGAUUAUCUCACUGCUGGUCACAUGGAACUUGUCCCUCCUGCAGAGAGAGACAAAGUGUAUUCGUAUUAUAUCCCUCAUCACUGUGUACUGAGACCGGAUAGUAGUACGGCGAAGCUUCGCGUCGUGUUUAAUGCUUCUGCGCGUACAACCAUUGGAUUGUCACUCAACGAGAGUAUGUACACAGGUCCUAAACUUCAACCGGAUAUCCAAAUUGUUUUGCUUCGUUCUCGACUCUGGCAAUAUUUGUUUAUGGCCGAUAUUAAACAAAUGUAUCGCCAAAUCUUAGUGCAACCCGCUGAUCGGGAUUACCUAAGGAUAUUUUGGCGAUUCUAUCCUAAUUCUACGAUUGAAGAAUAUCGCCUGUGCACGGUGACAUACGGUACCUCGGCCGCUCCUUAUCAAGCCCUCAGAACGAUUCGUGAAUUGGCCAAUGUCGACGGUAAACAAUAUCCAUUAGCUGCUGCUGUUCUGCUAAAUGACACGUUUGUAGAUGAUAUUCUGACUGGAGCUAAUUCUACUGAAGAUGCUCUUGAGUGUCAAAGCCAGUUAAUUAAAUUAUGCGCUCUUGCUAAAUUUGAGUUAAGAAAAUGGAUUAGCAACAAUGAUCAAGUGCUACAAGCCGUUGCCGAUGACGACCGUGCUAUGUCUCCGUUUAUUUUAUUUAACACCGGUGAACAACACGAAUUAAAGGUCCUUGGUUUACGGUGGGAUCCUGCCACUGAUGCGUUUUCAUUUAAGAGGACGUCGCAGUCAAAUAUUUCGAGUACUAAAACACCGCUUCGGACUUCAAAUAGUACUCAGAAACUAUUAAUCGUAGAAUAA